CCGGGGCAGUGUCCCGCCCGCCAAGCCAUGGGGCCGCUGCGCUGGCUGCCGCUGCUCGGCCAGCUGCUGCUGCUGCGGCCACCCGCGGCCCAGCCGGCCGGCCCCAUCCAGGCCUUCGUGGUGCCCCACAGCCAUAUGGACGUGGGCUGGAUCUACACGGUCCAGGAAAGCAUGCGGUCCUAUGCAGCCAAUGUCUACACCACUGUGGUGGCGGAACUGACCCGUGGCCAGCAACGCCGCUUCAUCGCUGUGGAGCAAGAAUUCUUCCGGCUCUGGUGGGAUGGUGUGGCCUCUGAGCAGCAGAAACACCAGGUUCGCCAGCUCCUGGAUGAAGGACGCCUGGAGUUUGUUCUCGGAGGCCAGGUCAUGCAUGAUGAGGCUGUGACCCACCUGGAUGACCAGAUCCUACAGCUCACAGAAGGACAUGGCUUUCUCUAUGAAACAUUUGGGAUCCGGCCACAGUUCUCCUGGCACGUGGACCCCUUUGGUGCAUCGGCGACGACCCCGACCCUGUUUGCCCUGGCAGGCUUCAAUGCCCAUCUCAUCUCCCGGAUUGACUACGACCUCAAGGAUGCCUUGCAGGAAGCCCAGGGGCUGCAGUUCGUGUGGCAUGGGUCCCCAUCCCUGUCCGAGCAGCAGGAAAUCUUCACUCACACCAUGGACUUUUACAGCUACUGCUCGCCCUCACACAUCUCCUUCUCUAACAGGUCUGGAUUUUACUGGAACGGUUUGGCUGUCUUCCCGGAACCACCCCCAGAUGGUGUGUAUCCCAACAUGAGUGAGCCCGUCACCCCAGCCAACAUCCACCUCUACGCUGAAACUCUGGUGACCAAUAUUAAAGAGAGGGCCGCAUGGUUCCGGACUCCCCAUGUCCUCUGGCCCUGGGGAUGUGACAAGCAGUUUUUCAACGCCUCAGUGCAGUUUGCCAACAUGGACCCCCUACUGGAGUACAUCAACAACCACUCUGCCGAGUACGGCGUCUCGGUGCAGUAUGCCACCCUGAGCGAGUACUUCCAAGCCCUGCACGCCUUCAACACGACCUGGGGCAUCCGUGACCACCAUGACUUCCUUCCCUAUUCUUCAGAACCACUGCAGGCCUGGACCGGCUUCUAUGCAUCCCGCAGCACCCUGAAGGGGCUAGCAAGGCAAGCCAGUGCCAUGCUGUAUGCUGGGGAGUCCAUGUUCACACGCUACAUGUGGCCGGAGCCCCGUGGGACUAUGGACCCUACGUGGGCCCUGCAGCAGCUCCAACAGCUUCGCUGGGCUGUGUCUGAGGUCCAGCACCACGAUGCCAUCACAGGCACCGAGUCCCCCAAGGUGAACGACAUGUAUGUAGAACAUCUAAGGAUAGGAAUGCUGGGCGUACGCAAGCUGAUGGCCUCCAUCGCCCUGGACAGGUCCCCGGUGUCUGGCACAGACACAGGCCCUGUGGGAUACUUUGUCUCUGUGUACAACCCGCUGGCCUGGAAGGUCACCACCAUUAUCACCCUGACUGUUGCUUUCCCCCACGUAAGCGUCACCGAUGAGCUGGGCCACGCAGUGUCAGCACAGAUCCAGAACUCUACGAAGGACCCUUCUGCCUAUGACCUGCUUAUCCUGACCACCAUCCCAGGCCUCAGCUACCGGCACUACAAAGUCAGGCGCCCCCGUGGGGACCGGGCACACACCAGGGAACUGGUCGUCCCCACGGCCAGCACCCUCAAGUUUAGUCUCAAGCUGAGGAACCAGACCAGCCGGGGAGGCAGGUCCCUGUUGCCUGUGACAAACGACUGCUAUACUCUGCUGUUCGACCAGGACACCAACAUGUUACAUAGUAUUCAGGAGAGGCAGAGCAACCACACAGUGCGCAUGACCCAAGAGUUCCUGGAGUACCGGGCCAACGGGGACGUGAAGCAGGGCCCCGUUUCUGACAACUACCAGUUUGCGCCCAACCAUACCGCUGAGCCCGCCUGGGAAGCAGUGGGCAUGGAGGUGGUGGCGGGCCCACUGGCGACCGAAAUAAGGCAGUACUUCUACAGGAAUGUAACAGACCGGGAUCACACCUAUGCAAUCCACUCCCGUCUGGCCCAUGUGCAUCCAAGCCCCCCUGGGGAACUGCUCUGCCGACGGAUAGAACAGCAGUACCGAGUGGGCCCCCUGGAGCUGAACCGGGAGGCCAUCCUGAGGACCAGCAGUGACCUAGACACCCAGCAAGUCCUCUUCUCUGACAACAACGGCUACCAGAUGCAGCAGAGGCCCUACAAGGCUUUCAAGAGCAACCCUAUCGCCCGGAAUUACUACCCCAUGGUACAGUCGGCCUUCAUCGAAGAUGCCAAGAGCAGGCUGGUGCUGCUGGCGGAGCGAGCCCAUGGUGUCUCCAGCCAAGAGAACGGGCAGGUGGAGGUAAUGCUCCAUCGGCGGCUGUGGAACAACAUGGCCUGGAACCUGCAAUACAACCUCACGCUGAACGACACCUCCGUCGUGCACUCGGAGCUCUGGCUUCUGCUGGGGCCUAAGCCCAUCACGAGUGCCCUGCGCCCCAGGAGCGGGGUAGCGCUGCAGCACAAGCCCGUCGUGUUGUUCAGAGAGCUGACGGAUGAAGAGGCCCCCGUUCUCGGAUCCCAGAACCCCCAGGCUGUGACGUUGCCCCCCAACCUUCACCUGCAGAUCCUCAGCAUACCUGGUUGGAAUUACAGCAGGAGCCAUGCCCAGCACCUGAAGAACCUUCGGAGAGGCCACUCGGAGAAGCCCCAGGCCAACCUGCGGCGUGUGCUGCUGCGCCUGCACCACCUGUAUGAAGCAGGGGAAGACCCAGUGCUCUCUCAGCCUGUGACGAUGGAUCUCAGGGUUGUACUUCGAGGACUAGGGUCCGUAGUAGCUGUGGAGGAACGCUCACUCACAGGGACCUGGAACAUGCAGAUGAUGAAGCGCUGGCACUGGAGGACAAAGACUGGCCACCCCAGAGGCCGCCCCGCCUCCCUACCAGCGUCACCAGGAGACUCCAUCAUCACUGUGUAUCCCAAGGAAAUCCGGACUUUCUUCCUUCACUUCCAGCAGUGACACCCAUGCAGUUGACCCCGGGGCCAUGGAACUGGAGUCCCCUCCCCCCCUCCAAAAAAAAAAAAAAAACAAUGAAGAGAGACUGAGAGGGAGGGGCAAGCUGCUCACCCCACAGCUGUGUGGCAGAAAGUGGCCAUGUGGGGAGAGGGGUCUUUUUUUUUUAAAUAAAAAAUUAAGGUCUGGGCUC